UUCUCUUAAUUCCACUCCCAUAUUUGUAGCACCACUCCGCCUUGCCGCUGCAACACAACAGAAUCUGAGACCUCCGGCAUCUGGAAAUUCAACCAUCCAGAUCGGCGAUUCCCCCGCUCUUCCAAUUCCGAUCGCAACGCAACAGUGAUGGUCGCGCCCCCCUCCGCCAAUGAAUCUCCGCCCCAAACUCAGAUCGCCGCCUUCUCCGCCCGCCGCCUUUCCGCCGACCACCACUAAAUCGAAAAUGCCCCGCAAAUCUCUCCUCCGACCGACGCUCGUCCUCUCCUCCCUCCUCUCCCUUCUCGCCUUCUACUCCUUCGUCCUCCACACUCCUCCCAACUACACAACCGCCACUUCAAUCGACGAUCGCAAUGCCCUCCCGCUCCAGCGCUCUACAAAGGUGAGGAUUUAUAUGUACGAUUUGCCUAGGAGGUUUACGUACGGCGUGAUCGAGAGCUACGCAGCUGCGCGCGGCGGGGAGCCUGUCGCCGAUGACGCGCUGCUGAAAUACCCUGGGAAUCAGCACUCCGCCGAGUGGUACCUUUUCUCCGAUCUGAACCGUCCGAGUGGAGAGCGGGUUGACUCGGCUGUGUCUCGCGUGAUGGACCCCGAGGAAGCUGACCUCUUCUAUGUCCCCUUCUUUUCUUCGUUGAGUCUCGUCGCUAAUCCCGUCCGAUCAGCCGCUGCGAAUGCCACCGCCGCUCCUGAUAAGUCUGUCUAUAGUGAUGAGCAAACUCAGGAAGCUUUGAUGGAUUGGUUGGAGGAACAAAUAUACUGGAAAAGAAAUAAUGGAUGGGAUCAUGUGUUCAUAUGUCAGGAUCCCAAUGCUCUAUAUAAGGUCAUCGAAAGAGUGAAAAAUGGGGUGUUAUUAGUUUCAGAUUUCGGGAGGUUGGCUCGCAAUCAGGCAUCUCUGGUCAAGGAUGUGAUUCUUCCCUAUUCACAUAGGAUUAAUACAUUCAAAGGGGAUGCUGGACUGGAGAACCGCAAUUCUUUGCUAUUCUUUAUGGGGAACCGCUAUCGAAAAGAGGGUGGGAAGAUUCGAGAUUUGCUUUUCCAACUGCUUGAGAAUGAAGAGGGAGUUAUAAUUAAACAUGGAGCACAGUCAAGGGAGAGUCGCCGUGCAGCAACGCAAGGAAUGCAUACAUCUAAGUUUUGUUUGCAUCCAGCUGGUGAUACUCCAUCAGCUUGCCGACUAUUUGAUGCCAUUGUUAGUUUAUGUGUUCCUGUUAUUGUCAGCGAUUACAUUGAGCUGCCUUUUGAAGAUGUGAUAGACUACAGAAAGAUUGCCAUUUUCGUUGAUUCCACCACUGCAACUAAACCUGGACACUUGGCCAAGUUGCUGAGAAAAGUCGGGCCGGAGAGGAUUUUGAAGUUCCAAAAGGAGUUGCUAAAGGUAAAGAGGUACUUUGAGUAUGAAGAUCCAAAUGGGACUGUGAAAGAAAUCUGGCGGCAGGUUUCUCAGAAGCUGCCUCUUAUAAAACUUAUGAGCAACCGAGACCAACGGAUUGUGCUGCGUGACCUGACAGAGCCAGACUGUUCGUGUAUCUGCUCAAACCUGACCGGCGUACGCACAACUCUAUGAUGUUCCUCGGGGUUCAUUUUGCAGACUAGAAGCGAACUUGGUGUCGAAUGCCAUUUCACGUGGGAGGAGUUACUAGUGAUAGAGAUUCGGUAUUCAUUUAUUCUUGAUAAGGACUUGGUUGCUGUCCUUCAUCUUGUGAUGUAACUAGAAUCGAUCAGUUUGUACAUUAUUACACAGAAAACCAUAGCUACCAAAAUGAUUGAAUAUGUUUAACUUAUCUUAGCAAUGAUUAGAAAAUAAAAUACCUAAACCCUAAA